CUGCACUUCACUCACAGUAAGUAAAAUGUGGGAUGAGCCAUGGCCUCUCUAAUCACCUCAUUUCUUUUUCAAUCACACAUCUCCUCCUAACACUACAACAAUAUCAUCACAACCCUAAACCAAAAGGUCAAAGCGUUUGCCCGAAACAAACAAAAGGGGGAUUUCACUUUUGGACACAACAAGCGUUAUUUAAACAUAGCUUGCAAAUUACAUCUUGACUUCUCUCCUCUCCUCUCUAUCAACUUGAACACCAUAUCCACAAAGAGGAUAUCGCAAUCAUAGACUCAUCAUUCCAACAUGUCUUGGAAAUUAGGAAAAAAGCUCAAAGACGGGGCCUUGGGAAAUCGAUCGCCCUCUUUCAGCACAAUAGAUCGUAGCGCCACUCCUACUCCUGCCAGCAUUGCAGGAGGAGCUCAACAGCAGCCGCCACAGCCAAGUGCUAGCACAAGCUCAAAUCCAUACAAUGGAAAUACUGCUUUAGCCUCUUCAACCGGAGCACCGAUUGCCAGAUCCGGUCUCUUGGUCAUCCGAGUGGUGGAUGCCAGAGGCUUGUCUUUGCCCCCUGGUCAAAAUGUUCCACCAAUGAUCGCAAGAGCCUUAGCUCAAGCAGGUCCAAAUGGUGCUUCUAUGGCCGGCAGUCUAACACAUGGAAACGGUAGCGCUGGAAAUCGUCAAAGUAUGCAACGCAAACAAUGUUGGUGGCUACCUUAUCUCGUUUUAGAAUUUGACAAAAAUGAAGUUUUGAUCGAUGCUUUAGGAGGUGAUGUUUCUGCUCCUGUUUGGAUGUACAAAGCAAACUUUGACGUUUCUCGUAAUUCAGAAAUUUCACUGCAAUGUUACUUGCGUUCCGGAGAAGGCCCUGGACAAAGUGCAGCAAACAAAGAUGGCCAAGGCGACGAUGUGAUGGGAAUGGGUGAUGUCUAUUUGGGCGGUGUAAAAUUCGUUCCCGAUUUUGAGAAUCAACGUACUACAGACGAAUGGUACCCACUCUCCAGUGGAUCAGGUCAAGUUCACAUUCAGGUAUCCUAUAGAAGCAGUGAGAAAGGAUCUUCACUGAAUAUGGACGCAUUCGAACUGCUGAAAGUGAUCGGAAAGGGCAGCUUCGGUAAGGUGAUGCAAGUUCGCAAGAAGGACACUUCUCGAAUCUAUGCUUUGAAGACCAUUCGAAAAGCCCACAUUGUGUCAAGAUCAGAAGUCACACACACUCUUGCCGAAAGAACCGUUUUGGCCCAAGUGAACAAUCCAUUCAUUGUCCCGCUCAAGUUCUCCUUCCAGUCACCUGAUAAGCUCUACCUCGUUCUUGCAUUCGUCAAUGGAGGGGAACUUUUCCACCAUCUUCAACGGGAGGGACGAUUCAACGAAGAACGUAGUCGAUUCUAUGCUGCCGAACUCUUGUGUGCACUAGAGCAUCUACACGGUUUCAACGUCGUAUACCGAGAUUUGAAGCCAGAGAACAUUCUCCUUGACUAUACCGGCCAUAUCGCCUUGUGUGAUUUCGGAUUAUGCAAAUUGAACAUGGGAGAUGAUGAAACAACCAACACAUUCUGUGGAACACCUGAAUACCUUGCACCUGAAUUAUUACUGGGACACGGUUAUACAAAAGCAGUUGAUUGGUGGACGUUAGGCGUUCUCUUGUACGAAAUGUUGACAGGAUUGCCACCAUUCUAUUCGGAAGAUGUGAAUGAGAUGUACAGAAAGAUUUUACAAGAUCCUUUACGGUUUGGCGAUGAAGUUUCACGGGAUGCACGUAGUAUUUUAAUCUUACUUCUCAAUCGUGAUCCAAGCAAACGACUGGGAACGCACGGAGCUGCUGAUAUCAAAAAUCAUGAAUUCUUUAGCAAACAUAUCGAUUGGAACAAGUUGAUGGCCAAAAAGGUUCAACCGCCUUUCAAGCCUGCUGUUGCUUCUGCCGUUGAUACGUCAAACUUUGAUCCUGAAUUCACAAGUGAACAGCCUGUUGAUUCAGUUGUGGAUGAUAGUCAUAUGUUGAGCGCAACCGUCCAAGAGCAAUUCCAAGGUUUCAGCUAUACAGGAAACGAAUUGGGAAUGGAAGGUACAAGUUUCCGUGGAUGAAAUCCGUUAUUAGAAACAGCAGCAGCAGCAUUCCUUACGAUUAUAAAUUGAUCAGCAUACCCCCUCAAAAACGAGCUAAUCGCUCAAAGUUUGUUAAAUAAGAAUCAGAUUUCAUAUCAGUCAAUUAUCAAUUUAUCAUUUUUGAUCUCAUUUUGCAAGGAUUAGAAAUACAUGUUGCUGUGGAUUUGAUAAUCAGAGAGAUUAUGCUUCGCUUGCUGACUUAGCAGCCAAGUUUGGGAUUGUACUUCCCUCAGAAUGGUGGCCUUUCCCGCUCGAGGUACCUGGAUCUCGCUUGUUCCCUUUAAUAAACCUUUCAAGACUUUUUCUAUGCGCAUUUAAAAGCUUCAUAUUGUUGGAGUGGUGUGAGGGGUCUUUCGAGAAAGUUGGAUUUUGUUUGUAUUGCACGG